AGUUUAGAAACUGCCCUAGUGAAAGAGUGGAAUGUGGCACAGUGUGGGGGUGGGAGGUAGAAUCUGAGACAGUAAACUGUUGUUAGCUAGAAAUUCAAGUAACAGUGUCUUGGUUUCUUAAGGCACAGGGACUGAGGAUGUGCACAGGAGGGCCUGUUGGCAGUAUUUUGGUCAUACAGAUAGUAGAGAGGGAAUAAUUAAUGAAUUAAGGGAUGGGACUAGCAAUGUCUGCACCUUGUUGGGAGUUGAAAGCAACAAUCAGGAGGAAGAACCUACUCCCUUAACCCUGAAGACCCAAGGAGAUACCAGUGAGUGGGUCUGCAAGAUUUGUUAGUGCAAGGGCACAAAUGCGCUCUUGGCCUGUUUCUCUUGCUUGCAACGCCAGCGCCGCCCUCUUGGGGGCGGGGCUCGAGGGCGAGGCUGGUGGCUGUUCAGAGGCCUCGAGAGACAUCAGUUCCUACCAGACUCUUGCUGGGGGUGCCGUCCUACCCCAUGGCAGGAUACAGGCUCUCAAACGCCUAUGCCCUUCCAAGCAGUGGUGGAGGUGGCCUUGAAGGGCCGAUGUCUCUGGAGGUUGACACUCCAACCUGGUUGAGCACCCAGGCAGCCCCUGGCAGGCUAAUGGUGCGACCAGCAGUCUGUCCCAGCGGCUGCCCAGGCCCUGAGGUGUGGGGAGUGCCCCUCGUACCCCCACCUUGCGAAUUCUGGGGCGGGAUAGGGCCCCGCGGAGCUGUUGAGGCAAGGGCCUGGUUCCAGAGCCCCAGUGAAGACACCUGUCCGGGCCCCUACAUCGCCCUGCGGUGCAUCCCAAGGUUGGCGGUGCCAGAGGACGUCUCGGCCAUAGAGAAAGAAAUGGAGCAGCUGGCCAAGGAGCUGAGGCAGAAGAGGAUGGCCUUGGGGUACUCACAGGCGGAUGUGGGGUUCGCCGUAGGAGCUAUGUUUGGAAAGGUUCUUAGCCAGACGACCAUAUGCCGCUUCGAGGCCCAGCAGCUCAGCCUUGCCAACAUGUGGAAGCUGCGACCGCUGCUGAAAAUGUGGCUGGAGGAAGUGGAUGAGAAGAAUCUUCUGGGCUUAUGCAAAAUGGAUAUGAUUCUGCAGCAGGCUCGGAAGCGGAGACGGGCAAGCCGGGAGCGGCGAAUCGGAAACAACCUGGAGAAACUCUUCUUGCAGUGUCCGAAGCCCACGCCCCAGGAGAUCAGCCGCAUUGCUGGGCACCUCCGGCUGCAGAAGGAUCUAGUCCAAGUCUGGUUCUAUAACCGGAGCCAGAUGGGCAGUUGGCCAGCCAGUGAUGCCUCCCUGCGGGAGAAUGUGGGGGCAGCCGGGCCUCCUUUCCUAGGGCCACCUGUGUGCUUUUCCCUGGCACCGGGCCUCCGUUUUGAUUUCCCCCACUGUGGGGGGCCCUGCCUUACACCCCUGUUCUCCUCCACCCACUUCCCUGCUGGGGGAACCCUGUUCUCUGCCCCAGCUGCUACGCUGGGCCUCCCCAGGCUCUGGAGCUGAGAGGCCUGCCCUGGGCAGGAGUGAGGGGGAGGGUCAGAGAAGAAGUGGGGGAAGGUUGGGGAAGCAUCAGGGUUCAUAGUCCUGAGUCCUGCAUGCACCUGUUAAAGUAAGCAUAGGUAGGGGAUAAGGGGGGAGUUAUUUAGGAAAACUUUGGGAGGGAAGUUGAAGUUUAUUGCUGUUUUUUGGUUUUUCCCUAGCAUUGAUAUUAAGGUAUAUUACAAAAUAUACAUGGUUUGAAUAGUUUGUUUCUCUUUUUUUUAUUGAAAACGUGUCUGUUGUUCCUUAUGGUCAUCAAGAAAGAGUUUUUAAUUUUUUUUCCUUAUAAACACAAUAUUGAGGGGGAAAGUUAAAAUAACAGGAAAACUACUUUAGUACACCUUUUUUUUAUUUUUUUAAAAAAGCAGAAUGUUGUACAAACACAAAAAUCCAGGAUAAUAAUUGCUACUGGGGGAAGACUUGAGAAUGGGAUAGGAAAGAAGUACACAUAGCCCACCAGAGCCCUUGCUGAGAUAUAUGAGUUCUCCUGGGAGUUGCCCUUUUUUGUAAUUCAUCUUUUCAUUUCCCGGGAAAGGGGGGUGGGGGACGACAACACAGUUCUCAGCUCAGCUCUCCAUUUAUGUGGUAUCACUGCAGUCACUAGUCCAAGCCCCUUUGUUACCGAGAUGGCAAGCUGGACGGCAGUGGCAUCAGCCCCAGCUCCAGCUUACUUACCUAGUUUUCAGCUCCAUUUGGUUUGUCUCCUGGAAAUACCUCUUGCAUUUUUAAGCCCAGAUAUGCUUUUGAGAUCAUGUUUGUAAAAGUUUCCUUUUUGCCUUAUAACUUAACAUUUGUCAUAACCAUUUUCUUUUUCUAUUGACAGUACUGCGGUCUCAGGGCCUUGCAUUUACUAGGUAGGCACACUACCACUUGAACCACACAACAGCCGUUUUUUGCUUUAGUUAUUUUUUGGAUAGGGUCUCAAAUUUUCACCCAGGACCAGACUCAGACUAAGAUCUUCCUACCUUGGUAUUACGGGCCACGACACCUCACCUAAUUUAUUUUCUGAGAUGGGGAAUUGCUAAUUUUUUGCCUAGGGUAGCCUUAAGUCACAGUCCUCCUGAUCUGUACCUCCAAAGUGAGAUUAUAGGUAUGAGCCAGCAUGCCCAGCCACUCAUGGUAACUAUUUUUAAGUGUAAAUUCAAUUUGUGUAAAUGAAUUCCAUUUCACAAUGUACAGCUAUCAGCACUAUCCAUUUCCAGUAUUUUUUCACCAUCCUAAAACAUAAACUCUGUGCCUAUUAAGCAAUACCUUCAUUUUCCCUAGCUCUAGACCCUAAUAACCUCUGAUCUGUUUUAUGUAUGUGUGAAUCUGUUUGUUCUAGAUAUUUUAUAUUUGUAAACAGAAAGAAUAGCUGUCCUUUUGUGUCAGACUUAUUUCUCUUCUUGUGUUUUCAAGCUUCAUCCAUUUAUAGCAUAUAUCAGACUUCAUUCUUUUUGUGCCUGAAUAAUAUUCCCCUGUAUCGAGAAUACCACAUUUUGUUUAUCCAUUCAACACAUUGGUUGGUUUAUUUCCAUGUGUUGGCUAUUGUGAAUAA